AUGUUUGCUGUCAGAUUUGAUCCUAAUAACAUUGUGCAAGAGGCUGUGGCGGGUGAGGAAAGUUCGAGCCGACCAGUGAAGAGGGCCAGGGACUUAGAUGACGAGGGAAGCAAUAGCAGCGAUGAUGAGGAGGAAGACGUAACUGAGAUACCUGAGAAAGAUGAAAACGGAACGCCGGAAGCUGAGGAUUCGACAUCUAGCAAUGUGGCAGAUGGCGAAGGCGACAUUGAUAUGGAGGAAACCCAUGAGCUUCCUAAGAAACAUUCAUCGAUUAUAUCGAGGUUCAAGCAAACCAUAUCUUUGCAGGACCAGAUUUCGCCCAAAGAUAUGGUAGACAAUCAAGAAAUAGCUCAAGAGCAUGUAUCUGGAAAUGCGUUAGAGCAGAUUCCACAACCUGCCAUAGUGAAAGACCGCUUGUCUAAGCAAGCUGCGAGCGAGCACAAGUCGGUUGCCUGGCUAAAUACAACCAAAAUUCAUUACGACAACUCAAUGAUUAAGCCUUUUUCGGAUUUCUCGAAUCAUCUACAUCCAAGGCUGCUGCAAAACAUCCAGAAGCACUUUUCCUCAGAAUCUUUCCCAAUUCAAACAGCUUUGCUCGAAAACGUGUUGCCGGUCAUAAACUUCUCACUGGAAGCCACCAGGAAACAUCUGACAAGACGAGUCGGAGAUGUCCUGGUCAACGCAUCUACUGGGUCUGGUAAGACUCUCGCGUACUCCAUACCAAUUGCGCAGCUGCUUUUCAAGAGGACAGUCAACAGACUCAGAGUACUCAUUGUAGUGCCCACAAAGUUACUGAUCAAUCAAGUGUACGACACAAUAAGCAAACUAUCUCAAGGCAGCGGGCUGAUCGUAAGUAUAUCAAAACUCGAGAAUUCUGUCAGGGAAGAGCACAAGAAAUUUCUUCAAUCGGAGCCCGACAUUCUGAUCAGCACUCCCGGCAGGCUAGUGGACCACCUGCAGAUGCAGUCCAUAAGCAUGCGGAAUCUUCAAGUGCUCAUAUUGGAUGAAGCGGACCACCUUUUGAAUCAAUCGUUCCAAAACUGGUGUCCAGAGCUAAUGCAGAGGAUCGCCACCGAUAAACAGGAUGAACGCCCAGGAAAUGUUAUAAAGAUGGUUUUCAGUGCAACGCUAACCACAAACACAGAAAAACUGCAUGGAUUGAACCUGCAUAACUCGAAACUGUUCCUCAUGGACUCUGUCAAAUUAUACAACCUGCCAGCAAAACUGCAAGAAUUCCUGAUCAGAAUACCCACCGCGAAGAGCUCCUACAAGCCGUUGAUCCUAUUGCAUCUUUUGGACUUCUUGAAGAAGUCUAAAAUCUUAGUUUUUGUUAAGUCUAACGAGGCCUCCAUGCGGUUAGCAUGUCUGCUGAAUAUCAUGAUAGGGAAAGGUUUAGGUCAGCAGCAUGCCAUUCAAACAAUUAAUUCUAACAGCAGCAAAGCAGAGAAUAAAAGGCUUGUCGCUGAGUUUGCUAGGGCGCACUGCAGGCUCCAAAAUAGGAUCCUAAUUACCACUGAUUUAAUGUCUAGAGGUAUCGACAUCAACGACAUCUCAGACGUAAUCAACUACGACCCACCCAUAUCAUCCCAACAGUACGUUCAUCGUUGUGGGAGAACGGCCAGAGCUCAUUCGGACGGUAAUGCUUACAACUUCCUGGUAGGAAAAGGUGAGAAAGAUUUCUGGGAGCAUCAUAUUGAUGAAGAUCUAAGUCGAGACGUAACUGCACCUGCACCAAAAGAUUGGAAUGAAGGUCCAGCGCCCUCGGAAAGCACCGAGGAUAAUGGGAAGGCGUUGAUUUCGAUCUCCGACGAAGAGGAACAAACCUACAAGGAAUCUCUGGUAGCACUUAAAGACAAAGCGACGGGCAAGUCGUCAGAAACCUGA